ACUGAGAUGAUAAGAGCUCUAAGUUUGUUGGCUGUCACCGGAUUAGUGAGUUGUAAUGAAGAAUUCAACACAAACGAGACUGAAACGACAACAAGAUUGUGGAAAAGGAAGAAACCGGCUUAUUGGGAGUUUCCGAUCACCGAUCCUACAGAGAAACCGGACCUGAGUGCGGAAUAUUGUAAGGAUGUGAAUAUGGAACAGCUGGGUGAAAACAUAACGGGUUUAAUUACUAAGCCGAUGCGUGGACAAGGCGAUAAUCUACUUACGAUGAUUGUUACUUACGUCUUAACAUUGCACAGAUUCAUCAGGAAAACCAACACAACGGAUGACAUCGCGAUCAGAAUGGCCAAAGAUCUCAUCAAGACCAAAAGGCCGCAGUUUCUGGACAUGGAAUUAGACCUUGAAACUCUAAACAAGCGAGUGGGAUUGGACAAAUAUGAAUUCCAACAUUUCAAGUGGGUGCUUGAAGACAUCCAGAACUCUUGGGAGAAACUGAAAGGAAUUCUGUUCGGAGAAGGAGAUGAGCUGUGACCAAUAAAGAGAAUGUGUGUUCAUUUUUAUCACACUAAGCAUCUGGUGUGGGAAGUUUUAUCUGAAAGUACAAUAAUUAGCAAUACAAUAAUUAGAUCUACCACUAAGACCAUCCCCUGUUCUAAACUUCGGAUCAUUUAACUUCUGUUGUUUGAUGAAGGAUUUUCAUAAAGGAUUAAAAAAAAAGUAUUGAGAAGGAUUUUUGGACCAAUAAAAGAUGGAGAUUGGAGACUUGUGGAGAAUAAGAAAAAACAGGGAAUUGAGGGAUUUAUAUAAGUAACCAGAUAUUGUGGGAGUGGUUAAGAGUAGAAGGUUGAGGUGGCUGGGCCACAUUCAACGCAGAGGUGAGAGGAAGAUGAUAAAACAAGUGAAAAUAGGUACGCCAGAGGGAAGAAUGAGAAUUGAAUGAGAUGGAUUGACGAGGUUACAAAGGACCUAAGGAGUAUGGGAGCAGACCUGGAGCUGGCAGAAGACAGAGGAUCCAGGAGGCACAUGGUUGGCGAGACCGCCUUGGUUUUCAAUGCCCACAGGAGU